UGAAGUUUUCGGUUAAAGUUGUUAUUUCAAAUAAAUAUUCGAAAAAUCGUAACCACAACCCUAGACUUAGUACUGCCGAUCGAGGCGCGCGCAACAAAUUUCUGGAUGCUGUGUAUUUGUUUUUGCUUGGCAUCUAUCGAUUUUGUGCAGCUGAACUCUCAUCGGCGAAGAAACCAGCGGACGAAAUAUUAAUGCUAAUUGAAUUGUACCGCGAUUCGGCCUUUGAGUUUAUUCCUGACUGCAUCAUGAAGCGUCAGAAUGUGAGAACCUUGUCGCUGGUGGUGUGCACCUUCACGUACUUGUUGAUUGGAGCCGCCGUUUUCGAUUCGCUGGAAUCGCCAACGGAGGCGAAGCGCUGGGAGUUCUUACAGGCCGUAAAGAACAAUUUUGUGAAAAAGUACAAUGUAAGCGACGAGGACUUUCGAGUGAUGGAGAUUGUCAUCAUUGAGAACAAGCCGCACAAGGCAGGACCUCAAUGGAAGUUCGCAGGCGCCUUCUACUUCAGCACCGUUGUCUUGGCCAUGAUAGGAUACGGUCAUUCUACGCCAGUCACCAUUCCGGGAAAGGCAUUUUGCAUGGGAUACGCGAUGGUGGGCAUUCCUUUGGGACUGGUCAUGUUCCAGUCGAUUGGUGAACGUCUGAAUAAGUUCGCAUCGGUCAUCAUACGACGGGCCAAGCGGGCAAGUGGGGCCCGAUGUACGGAAGCCACCGAGAUGAAUCUUAUGCUGGCCACCGGAAUGCUCUCGUCUGCCAUCAUUACCACGGGAGCAGCUGUGUUCUCGCGAUACGAAGGCUGGAGCUACUUCGAUAGUUUCUACUAUUGCUUUGUGACCUUGACCACGAUCGGAUUUGGCGACUAUGUGGCACUGCAGAACGAUCAGGCUCUGACCAACAAACCGGGAUAUGUUGCCUUGAGCUUGGUGUUCAUCCUCUUCGGCCUGGCCGUGGUGGCAGCCAGCAUUAAUCUGCUCGUCUUGCGUUUCAUGACCAUGCAAGCGGAAGAUGCCAAACGGGAUGAACAGGAUGCUCAGAACCUGGCGGGCAACGCGCAGCCAGUUACCUUCGACGAUGAGACCACUUACAACAUGAACGGCAAACUGUUGGAGCACAACUAUACAACCGAGAACGAUGAGACAGCCUCGCUCUGCUCCUGCACCUGCAUGGGCGGAACGCGCUGCCUGAACCACGAGCAGUUUAUCGACCCGGACUUUCAGCCCACGGACAUUAUACAAAGCACACAGUGCCUGCAUCGCGCAUCCAUUUGAGACAGCCGCCUGUCACUUGUGACAGACGUCUACUUGAAAUAGGAGCCAAAGCUCGGUUUGGAGCCAAAGAACGGCUUGGAGUCGGAGCCAAUGCCAAAAGGAAGCCCAAAUCCCCAACGAGGGGACGCCAAAACGUAGUUGCAAUCAUGUAGAGACCCAACCGCCGCAUCUAAUCGUUGUACAACCAGCAUAUACACACAUAUACAAUGGAGUAACUUCCGACAAAUCAUGGCAAUAUCAACCUCAUCACCUACGAGGGAGGAUGUCGCCUCUUUUGGCGACCACCCUCACAUUUCAUACAUCUCAAAAACAUACAAAUUUUAACUGUGAAAUCAAAGUAUUAUUAAAACGAAUUACUCGAAAUCCUUUA